UAUAUUGUCUACUGCUAAUCCUCAUUCCAUAAUCUUCAACUUUGCCAAACAACUUUUUAAAAUCCCAGUGCUCCUUUCAUAUAAAUAGGAAUUCUAUUCUUUGACCUUUCUCCACCCCGAAACGAGCCCCUCCAAUACUGAGCACCAAAUUCCCGCCUCCUUAAUCUUCCACGCUCUAUUGUUCAAGACCUGUCCGACUUUCCAACUGAAAGUUGCGCUAGAUUGUCAAUCACUACUGUCCAAAUCCUCUCGAAUAGUAUUCUCAUCAAAUAUGUCCACACCCAUCGUAUCCACUACCACUACUACCACCACAACUACCACUACCAGUCCUCCAUCUCUUCCUGCAAAUUUCACAUUCGCUCCGUCGACUUUGUAUAUUAUCCUUGCGGAUAUAGGUCAUGAAUCGCUUUUCCACUGGGGAUACCUCCUCACCUCUGCUCCUCCCCCCGCUACCCGUACCCCUUUUCUCACUCCCGUGACCGGCACCAUCUUCCACAUAACCAACAUGACGGGGCCCUGGCUCUACCAAUCCCCCACAUUCCCCCUCGCGCACCUCCUCAAAUUCAUCCCCUCCCUCCUCUUCAUCCUCAAAAUAUGCCCCAUAGAUACGAUUCUACACCCCGCGCUCUCAGAACGUCUAGGGAUAUUAGGUCUCCAAGCACAGCUGAAAAGUAUGGGAUCCACUAUCUCACAAACGCAAGCACAAGAUUCGCACCCGGAGACAGGAGAAGAAGACCAAGGAGAAGAGAAUGAAAAGCUCCCGCCAGAGGAAAAAGAAGAAUUGGUAUCACCGGAAUCAGAAAUUUCAUGUAGAACUUGGAUUAAAUUUACCCUGUGUGUUCUAGAUGAAGAAGGAUACAUUUCGUUUCCUGAAACCUCGCAUCGGCUGAGCUCGAAGGCAGUGGUGGAUAGUAUUGAAGCGGAGGCGGUGGCGGGAGCGGGUUGGAAUAGGAUGAGGGGGACGGUGGGCUGGGACCAGAGUGUGUGGGUUGGGGAGUAGAGUGAUGGGUGGGACGGAUAGGAUUCACAAGAUGCAUGAGAUAAACCCGGUCUCAGUCACUGGUGAGAUGUUGGAUAAUCUUGAGUGAUGUAGUAUCGGAUCUUCUAGCGAAGCAUAUCGCGGUUAUUCUUAUAACCUAAUAUGGGCUGUUACAUUAUGUAUGUCCAGGUUCUCACUCUCACAAUCUCUUACAAAUUUCGAACAUCACAUAGUAAUCC